GCGACUUGUCCCAGCAACAAAAACAGCGAUCAUCUCUCCCCUUUCCUCACCGUUCUCGUCGGCAUUAAUCUCCUUCAAAUGUCUGCCCCGAUCGAUGAUCAUGCAAGCCACACCGCGGGCCACGGGGACAAUCAUACCGUAGAGAACGACACAGACUCCCACGAGCCCCGUCCACCGCGGAAAAGACGGAAAUAUAUUGCAAAGGCAUGCAAUGAGUGCAAGCGGCGCAAAAUCAAAUGCAACGGGGAGUCACCAUGCCAACGUUGCGGACGACAACGGAUUAGCUGCGUGUAUGCGGAAGGUCCACGACACGACACCCAGGGCAAUGAACAAUUCGAGCAACUGUGCGAGCAAAUGAGAGCUAUGCAGGAGCAGAUCACGGCUUUAACGGCGGCAGUUCAUGCUCUGACUCAAGGUGCUACCGUUCCGAGCACGCUAUCCCGACCGGACGAAAGUCAUCAAGCUGUGUUCCCGCAGAGGCCGUUUCGGCGCGUGUCCUCGGCUAAAGAGUUGACGUUUCAGGGUCCCACCACUUCGGCGUUUAGUUUUGGUCUUGCGAAAUCGAGUCUUCAGCGUCGUGGGAUCGUGGAGCGGAAUGAUGGUGGUGAGGAUGGGGAUGGGGAUGUGACUCAGGAGCCGUCGCCUAUGCCGUCCCCUCCUUCGCUGACUCGAAUGUUGAACCCGCGGCAGGGUGAUGUGUUGUGGACUAUCGGGAAGGAUGAGGCUCUUCGAUUGUGUAGAGUGUACGAGGAAGAGAUGGGGAUUAUGUAUCCUGUGUUGGAUCUGCAGCAGCUUCUGAAUCAGGUCAAUAUCCUUUACAGUCAGAUACGAACGGAGGCCUGGACAGACGUUUCUGUACAGUCUCAUGGUGGUGAGAAGGAGCUGGAUAAGUAUGAUGUGGAUAUACUCCGGUUGGUCUUUGCAUGCGCGUUGACGCUCGAAGCGAGUGGAAGCAGCGACUUGGCUAUGAGGCUGUUUGAAAAUGUCCAAGGAGUGGCAGAUAAUUGUGUUUGGGGGCCUCCUGACAUUAGAGGUAUUAUAUUCUUGACCUUGGUGUCGAUCUUUUACUUUCAGAUGGAUGAGGAAACGCUUGCAUGGCGGACAAUCGGUAUCGUGGAACGCAUGUGUCUGGAGAAAGGUCUUCACCGACGGGAAACACUUCAGCAACCAGCUGUUCUAGCUGAAGGAAGAGAGCGCGUCUUACGAUUGUUCUGGUCAAUUUACGUUCUGGACAUGCGUUGGAGCUUUGGAACUGGCAUGCCAUUCGCCUUAGAAGACAGUGAUAUUGAUCCCUGGCUGCCGGAGCCAGAGGAGAAAACACCCUACUUGCGGGUAAUGAUCCGGUAUAGUCGCAUUGCGGCUAAAGUUUGGAAAUUUAUAUCCGCUUUCAACAACACCAACGAGAUCAAGAAGGAUGAAAUGAACUACCUGGAUUGGCAGGUCCUGAGGUGGGCUGCCGCAAUCCCUGAAUCUCUGCGUCUUGACCAGCCAUUUGAACAAACUCAACAGGAACCGCGGAGCAUCCGUCGGCUGCGCUGCUUACUGUAUCUUCGCGCUAAUCAAUUGCGGAUGCUGAUAUAUCGGCCAGUCCUGCACUCAGCAGCUCAUAUCGUACGCUAUCCGGCAGAAUCGCAGGUAGUCGUUGAUCUCGCCAAGGACACUAUCCAGUUCAUCACCAAACUAAAUGCAACGUCGGAUAUUUACCGGCUGCAGCAGGUCACGUUCAACUGGUUUCUCGUGUCAGCCCUUGCCGUUCUAUUUCUCGCCGUAGCGCAGACACCCGCUCAAUUCAGCAGCCACUGCAAAGAGGAAUUCUACAUGGCCGUGGAAUUAGUGAAAGGCUUCUCGCCACGGUCAUACGUAUCUCGACGGCUGUGGAGGUCAAUUAAGAGCCUCCGCAAACUGGGUCCACAACUGGGAUUACAGACCCACCGACAAGGAGACGAGACAGAUCAGAGUGCUCUCGAGCCACCAGAUGGUAGCACGGCUGUCGAACCCCUGGAGCAAGUGCCGGCAUCCAGUAUACAGAGCCAUACCACACCGGACGGGGUCCAAAUGACGCGGGAACUAAUGGAAUGGUUCGAGGCGGUGGGCAACAUCGAAGAGCAGAUCAUGUCAGUCGGAAACGGAGCGCAGACCUUUGACGAGCCGUGGCAAUAUGGAGCGCGCAUGGGGAAUGGGUAUAUGUUCGACUAUGGGAGCGAGCUGUCCAGUGUGAUGAGAGACUGCUUCUGAUGGCAGUCCAAAAAGUUAUAAAUGGGGAUCUGGAUAUUUCCUCAUUCUCUACAAUAGAUUUCUGUAUGAGGUAAAUAUAAUUAGAGGGUUAAAAAUAAUUAAUAGUGGAC